UUCGAGCACAAACGUCCCACUGCUACUGUAAGUACAAAAAUGGCGACGAGCAUACUGCGGUUCUCUCUCCGUCUUUCCGGCAGAAACAAGGGCAUAAUGACCCGUAACCCCAGCUUGAAAACAUCCCCAAUUUCCAGGACGAUUCAGAGAAGAACUUUGGUAUCCACAACUUCGGGGGCAAUCCUUCCGAAACCAGAAAAGACACCUUUCGGCCUUAUCCGCAUGACAGUGGUGGUGGUACCUUUCCUUUAUGUUGGAACUCUGAUCAGCAAGAGUUUUGCUGCUCUUCUGGAGGAGCAUGACAUAUUUGUUCCUGAGGAUGACGACGAUGAUGACUGACUUUUGUCUGCAACAUAAUAAGAGGGCGCUUUGCAAUAUGGAUCAGGCAGCACAGGCAAGAUGAGCGUGGAAAGAGCACUUUCAGACACAUCCUUUUCCUUCAACCAUCUCCUUCAUAUUGGCGCCCAUAUUUAUGCUGAUUUUGAAAAAUCUCUUGUGAGGCUAUCAGAACUAUUAGCUCUGCCUUCACUCUUGUUUGCAUGUUUACAAGUGUGUCCACUUAAUAAACAACAUUGAUAACACA